CUGGACGAAAUGCCGAGGAAUUAGACAGUCCCUUGUUUUUGUAGCGUUGUUUUGUGCCAUUUGGUCAUGUCCUCCUCAUACUCCAGUGUCGUUCUUUCAAAUAGCACAAAUGUCCUUUUAGCUGCUGCAUUCAGCCGCUCGUUCACCAGCUCUCAGCAUAGACGUUUUUCACACUAUUUUUAGCUUUAGCUUUAGUUCCAAGCUAAACGUACUCUGCUGUCGUGUUGCGUGUUUUCCCCACUGUUUUUCCAUGUUGAAAUCAUAGACUGUAUAAAGACUGUCUGUGGUUGUAACGUUAGCGGUUGCCAUUCUCAUUCAGGAAUCUUGUUUUGUCACUUCUCACGCAAGCUUCCGAAAAGUGAGACCUCAUUCUCAUCGUCAUGACAACCGACUCAUCUCUUCUGAAAUCUGAGCUCGAGCUCCAGCAGCAAGAGGAGGUGUACCAGCAGCUGCUCCUGCAGACAAUGGGUAAAAUGCAGGAUGAAAACACAGACUCUAGAGUUAUAAAACCACAGCCAGGCAUUUGCAUCAAGACAGUACAAGAGCCAUCAAAGCAGAAGGUUUUCAUCAAUAUCUGUCAGUCAAACUCAGUCCCGCCCCCUCCAGACCUGUCCCGGGAUGAGCUGGUGGAACUGCUCCAGUCUGAGGACCCCAGUGGAUAUAGGGUUCCUAUGAGUCUUGGAGAGCCACACACAGAAACGGAUAACAGCUCUCAAGGCUGCAUUGCAUAUGAUGUGGUGAUAAACCAAGACUUCUUCCAGACCUGUCAGAAGGAUCCACUCUUCCAACAGUUUAUCAUCCUGGUGUCUGUGGAGGGCUUGGAAAACAAGUAUAGCCUGGAGCUGAGCAGAGAGUGGAAAGUCCUAAAAAACAGGAAGUUUCUGGGUUCCGUUGGAGAGCAGAGUAUUCGCACAAAGAGCCGACCCAUCAUCCAAGAGCUGCAAUCUCAGAAGAGCCACAUUGCUGCUAAAAGACCUGAAUUCACUUUGGUGGUUGAGCCACCUGCUGGUGAUCCACAGUAUCUCAUAGCAGAGAUAAAGCUUCCUGGAAUAACUUCUGCUCGCUCUCUGCUGCUGGAUGUUGGAGAGGACAGAUUGGUUCUGAAUGCUCGACCUUCUUUUUACCACAUGGACAUUUUCCACCCUUUUGUCAUCAACCAGGAAAGCAGCAUGGCCCAGUACAACACCACUAGUCAAAUCCUUACAGUCACAAUGCCUGUUGUGUCUUCAUAAAUCAACAUAUUUUUUGAAUAUUUAGUGUUUAUUUAUAGUAAUAAACAAUUUCUUGAACAC